AUGGUUCACAAUGUUGGUUUUGGUAGAGUUCGAAUAGUGGGGAUAGACGGAAAUGUGGGCAAUGGUGGUAGCAAAGGUGGUAGCGUUGGCUUUGGCAAUGUUGGCAAUGGAGGAAGUAAAGGUGGCAGCGUUGGCUUUGGCAAUGUUGGCAAUGGAGGCAACAAAGGUGGCAAUGUUGGCUUUGGCAACGUUGGCAAUGUUGGCAACAAAGGUGGUAGUGUUGGCAACUUUGACAAUGUUGGUAGCAAAGGUGGUAGCGUUGGCAACUUUUGCAAUGGAGAUAGCAAAGGUGGCAACGUUGGUUUCGGCAACGUUGGCAAUGGAGGGAACAAAGGUGGUAGCAUUGGCUUUGGCAACGUUGUCAAUGGAGGCAACAAAGGUGGUAGUGUUGGCUUUGGCAACGUUGUCAAUGAAGGUAAAGGUGGUAGUGUUGGGUUAGGCAAUGUAGGUAUGAUUGGCAAGCUUGGUACGCUGGGUUGA